AUGCUCACAAAGUUGGUUAGUUUGGGUAAGGUCAACUCAAUGUGCUUCAGAUCAGUCUAUCAAUACAAUGUCUUUGGUGCUCCUUUUGAAGGAUUGGAUCCAGCAAAACACAUCUACAUGAAUAAGGGACUCCAAAAUUAAUACGAUGAUCUCUUCAGAUUGGGAGAUUAUCCAUAUGUGAAUGAUUACCCUAUUAUGAUCGAUUCCCAAUAGUAUGUCCCACAAAUUGCUUAAUUGGUGGAAUCUCACGUCAAAUAGUAAUUCCAAAAUGCAACUUUUACUGCUGGUGAAUACAAUAAUGGCGAUGUCUGGGCAGCAACUUGGGAGGAGCUUGGAGUCAACAAUUUCAAAGUCUUGGUUCCAAAUCUUUUAUUGAGACUCUCUGAAACCAUCGUUGUCAAAGAAUCAAAAUGGACAUGGACAAAAGAAUAGAGAUAUAGAUUACAUGUGACUCAAACUGUACUUGGACCAUAAAAUUAUACUCAAAUGCCUACUUACUAUUUCAUUAAUGAUUACAACACUGUUCUUUGGAUGCUAGCAAGGUAAUCUAACCAUUGGACCUCCCCAGCAAUCAGAGGAGUCCAAACACCAUUAGAGAAAUAAUUGGCCUAAGAUUUAUAACCAAAACCCAAGAUUCAGUCAUUAUUCAGAGACAGACCUGAAAAUAAUACAUUCUUAAAUAAGUUGUUAAAAGCAGUUCAUCAAUGAAUAUCAAUAAAAUAAAGCAUAAUACAGCAUCAUUUUACAAUA